AAGGACAUUUCCCAUGAGACGUAGGGCUUGUGGGAAAGCCCUGGUCGCUAUGUUUUGAUGCGAGCAGCUGACUACCGUCGCCCUCCCUGGUCCGGCUUCUUUGCAGUCGAUCGUUUUGCCUGUGGAAUGUCCUCCUCCUGUCUGUAGAUAUUUAGCGACAUCAAAGCACCAACGUUGCUUUUGGCUUCUUCUCUCCCUCCACACUUCUUCCAGCCUUAUCCAGUGCCUGUGAGAUUACUCACUGCUGCCUAUAGAAAGCUUGUUCAUGAUUUCAUCAGACAGUGAAGACGACCAGUACAGCGAGCGAACAGCUCUGAUAUCAGCCAGCGCCUCGACCAUGCCUUCGUACCAGGAGAUGGAUGGGGUGCAUGGCCUCGGCGGCAAGGGAAGGAAUCGGAGCAGAUCCUCUGCCAGUCACCCCACGGAUGGGAGCCAAGGUUCGGGGGCCGGGACCUCAGGCAGAGAGGCGGGCGGAGAAGGUGAGGAGGAAGAGGAGGAGGAGCUGAUCCUGAAGUAUGGAGCCAAGCACGUCAUCAUGCUGUUUGUACCAGUCACUCUGUGCAUGGCCGUGGUGGUGGUGACCAUCAAAUCUGUCAGCUUUUACACAAGGAAGGAUGGCCAGCUAAUUUACACCCCGUUCACAGAAGAUACUGACUCGGUUGGACAGCGUAUUCUCAACUCUAUCCUUAACACUUUGAUCAUGAUCAGUGUUAUUGUCAUAAUGACAAUUCUUCUUGUCUUUCUUUACAAAUAUCGAUGUUACAAGUUUAUUCACGGCUGGUUGAUCCUCUCCUCUCUGCUGUUACUUUUUCUCUUCACCUAUAUAUACCUAGGUGAAGUGUUUAAGACAUACAAUGUGGCCAUGGACUACCCGACCCUGAUCCUCAUAAUUUGGAACUUCGGCGUGGUCGGAAUGAUCUGCAUCCACUGGAAGGGUCCUCUCCAGCUGCAGCAGGCUUACCUCAUCAUGAUCAGUGCACUGAUGGCCCUGGUCUUCAUUAAGUACCUUCCCGAGUGGUCAGCCUGGGUCAUUCUUGGUGCAAUAUCAGUAUAUGAUCUUAUCGCAGUGCUGUGCCCUAAAGGCCCCCUGAGAGUGCUCGUGGAGACGGCCCAGGAGAGGAAUGAACCAAUAUUCCCAGCCUUGAUAUAUUCAUCCACCAUGGUCUGGCUGGUGACGAUGGCAAAGCGAGAUUUGGGCACUGAGGAGCCUCUGAACAACACAUGUAAUUCAGAGAAUUAUCCUGAUGUGGAUGUUGAGGUAAACCACCAAGCUGACCAAGCAUUGGAUGAUGUCACCAGUUUACCCCAGGCCCAGGUCCACGGAGGGCACCAUGCAGCUUCUGGUACAGAGGAACCGGAGGAGGAAAAGGGCGUGAAGCUAGGCUUGGGAGACUUCAUCUUCUACAGCGUCCUUGUGGGCAAGGCUGCGGCAGGCGCCAGCGGGGACUGGAACACAACUUUGGCCUGCUUCAUCGCAAUUCUCAUUGGAUUGUGUCUCACCCUCUUGCUGCUAGCUGUAUUUAAGAAAGCCCUGCCUGCUCUUCCCAUCUCCAUCACCUUCGGCCUGGUGUUCUACUUCUCCACCGACAACCUGGUGCGUCCUUUCAUGGACACUCUUGCCUACCACCAGUUUUAUAUCUAGGAAGCCAAUGACAACUAAAACCUCGCCUUGAGCUGACUGCAAUGUUGGGGAAAUGUUUGCACCAAUGUUACACUGUAGAACUUAAGAAGAGAAACAGAAUAUUUUCAUUUAUGUUUGUUGUAAUUUAAUGAUGAAAGUGAUAAACCAUUGAUUUUGCCAAGCAGAUCGUCAAUUAAGAUGUUUUUGUGGUGUCUUCAUAGAAACAAGUUAUAAAAGCAAGUCUGUUGAUACCUGAAAUGUAUUUAGUUAGUCAUCCUACUGACUAGCCAUCAAGGAUUUGAUGGUAGUGUCCCACAGGAAGCAACUCUUGUCUCAGUGAGGAACUUCAGGUUCUUGAUCCCUUUAAGGCUAAGGGUAGAACUUAAAGGCAGUAUGAAAUGGAGCCAGGGUUAAAUAAGUUAAUUAUUCCAAUGUUCUCAGUUGUUUGAGAAUAAUUGUGUCUCAUCUUCAAAUGAUAUAUUUGUGAACUAUUAAUUAUUGGGGAACUGGUACCCUGUGUUAAAAUGAAGUACCAUCUGUUUUACAUUUUGUUUGGACAUGAAUGAUUCUUGACAAGCUCGUGUAUUUUCUAUUUCUUUAAAAAAAACUUCUGGUGUUGCUGUGAUAAUACGAUCAGAACCAGGCCGAUUUGCACAGAACAGGAAGCACUUUUCGUACAACAAACUGAUUUUUAUGCAACAGUCUUGCCCAAAUAUUUCCUCAGGUUUUUGUAGAAUUUCAGUGAGUAAAAUAGAAUUGUAUGUCCUUUGAUUUGUAUGCUCGUUUUGGAAGAAACGCUUGCCAAACUAUUGUAGAAUUGCAGCCUCUCUGAAAGGUCAAAGUGUAACUGUGAUGCAUUCCCCAGAUUAACCUUAUCGAAACAAUGAUAUUGGUCAAUAAUAUCAAAGCACCUAGACAAUGGCUAGAUACUAGCAUUUAUAAAAUCAUCCCCAUCUCUCCAAAAGAGUGAGGCAAAGGAUGAACAUUCGGUUUAAUUGGCAAACAAGUCAGAAACAGCAGGAUUGUGUUUUGCGCAAAGGUUUGAAAGGGUGGUGGAGGUUGUUCAAAAAUCCUGGAUGAAUCCUUGAGAAAGUGUUACUGGACUCGGAGGAACCAAAGCCAAGUUGUUGAGUUUCAAGCAGCUAGACGGACACCCUGUACCAUUCCAGGGUUUAUGUUCAGAAACCUGGCAACAAACAGAAUUUUAUUGUGCAGUAUCUUUAAAUUGACAUCUUAUCUUUGCAUAGUCACAGGCUGUCUUGACACAUCUUGAGUGGCAGGUUUGAGGGUUCACAGGUUCUAAAAUAUUGACAAAUAGUUGGCUCAGUAUGAAAAUAUUGAGGGCUAUUAAUGAGAAUUCUGUGAUUAUAGUCCCUUCUGCUUGCUUGGGCGUAAAUACUUGGAUGGGGAGUUAAAACAACAUUACCAAACCACUGGGCCACUGUGGAAACACAUAAGAUACUGAAGGGUUUCUUGUGCAAAGACCAGUUAGGAUGUUUGUGAUGGUUUCCAGUAAGAUGUAACUGAAUGAGAUGUCACCUUCACAUCUGAAAAUUAUAAUGAUCUGUGAUUUUUAGCACCAAGUAAAAUUCAUUAUUACAAAA